AUGGUGGUGAUGCACCAUCCGCCUCCCAACUCAGCCACAGCCCCCAACGUGCCGCCGCAAAUCAGCGUGAACGGAACCCAACUGCAGGUGGUGGAGAACUUCCCGUACCUGGGCAGUACUCUCUCCCGCAACACAAAGAUCGACGACAGAGUCGCCAACAGGAUCUCGAAAGCCAGUCAAGCCUUCGGUCGCCUCCAAAGCACAGUUUGGAAUCACCACGGUCUUCAGCUGAGCACGAAGCUGAAGAAGUACCAGGCCGUCAUCCUGCCGACAUUACUGUAUGGAGCGGAGACUUGGAUGGUGUACGCAAAGCAGGCACAUCGUCUGAACCACUUCCACCUCAGUUGUCUUCGUCGCAUCCUGAGGCUAAAUUGGCAGGAUCGAAUCCCCGACAUUGAUGUGCUGGAACGGACGGGAAUCCUCAACAUCUACGCCAUACUGAGGCAAAUGCAGCUGCGCUGGAGCGGCCACCUGGUGCGCAUGGACGACGAGCGAUUACCCAAACGACUCUUCUACGGAGACGUCGCGACGGGUUCUCGUCGUCAAGGAGGCUGAAUUCGCCGUUACAAGGAUACUCUGAAGUCCUCCCUGAAAUGCCUGCAAAUCAACCCGACCAACUGGGAGGAGCUGGCACUCGAUCGACCGACCUGGAGGAGGACAGUGAAGACAGGCGCUGCGAUCUACGAAUCAAACCGCAUCGCUGCCGCCAAAGCGAAACGUGAAGCACGCAAAUCACAACUUCGCCCAGUAAGCAACGCCACCGCACAACCGCUUUCAACGUGUCCUCGAUGUCAACGGACAUUCCGGGCUCGAAUCGGACUUGUUGGACAUCUUCGGAUUAACUGCGCCUCUCGAACUGCACUAACCAUCGUCCCCCCGCCCACCUCUUCCUCCUCCUCUCCGCCGCCAACUAACCCUGACAAUUCUUCUGACCCACCACUUCCAUCAUCCUCCUCCUCCUCCUACUCGCCCACUGCUCCAACGGCGGCCGCUCAGGCGACUGUCCCACGCACAGCAACCGACACUACGACCACCUCCCCCGACUCCAGGGAUGAGGAUCAGGACUACACCUGCCCUCACUGCGACCGUACCUUCACCUCACACAUCGGCCUGGUCGGUCACUUGCGAAUCCAUCGCACAGAGACUGGCGAACCAGUGCGUGAAGCACCAACCUACACCCACCGCAUUCGCCCCCACUGCCCACACUGCCCUCGCACCUUCAGGCAUCGCAUGGGCCUUUUCGGCCACAUGCACACCCACGAGAGCGGCCUUGACCGCACUCCUGACACACACACCACAUCCAACACGACGGGCCACAAAACUGGUGGACGGUCUCAGGACUCUAUCAUACCCAGAAAGACUGAUCCAGUUAAAUUUGUUCCCCCUAUCCUAUAGAAGAAUGAGGUGUGACCUGUUAUGGACAUUCCGCAUUAUCCACGGGCAUGAAUGUUCGCUCAAAACUGACGACUUUUUUGAAUUCACGACCACGAGUCACCUGCGCGGUCACCCUUACAAAGUCAAGCGGGAGCGUACACGCCUAGACAAUCGGAAGUUUUCCUUCAGCCAGCGUGCUGUUCGGCCAUGGAACUCACUCCCAAGUGAAAUAGUGACAUCUGAUACAAUCGCUGUAUUCAAAAGGCAGCUGGAUCGUUUGAUAUUUGAUAAACGACGACUUUCACAACAGGACUACCUAAGGCCAGCCAUAAAUUUCAUUUCUUGAUUUCAUCCCUACUUAACACACCCCUGACUCUUAAUGAGAUGCCCCCUCUCAAACUAUGCAAAUGACUGCACUUUAUGCUGAUUGUAUAUAACUGCACUUAAAAUUUCAUGUGUACACUGAGAAGACCGCCUGCCGCACCCUUAGCAGUCCGGUAUUGUGAAAGUUUCCCGUGAACAAAUAUGUUACUGACAAAAUUUUAGUAAGAUGUACAUUUAACAUUUAUAUUUUAUGUACCGUUUUCAAUAGGGUCAUCAAGGGCAUUGCCUAUUACCCUAAAAUACAAUACAAUACAACACAUCCACCGUGCUUACCCCCACCCUCGUUCCAUCCGUCCGCGCCACCACCACCGCCUCCUCUGUAGCUGACACUGACACCGCCGACUUCUCAUGCCCACACUGUCCACGCACAUUCACCGCACGCGUUGGCCUGGUCGGUCACUUGCAAAUCCAUCGCACAGAGACUGGCGAGCCAGUGCCUGGAGCACCCACCUAUACCCACCAAGCUCGUCUCAACUGCCCACAUUGUCCUCGCACUUUCAGGCAUCGCACGGGCCUAUUCGGCCACAUGCGCAUCCACGACGACCUGCGGUAGACAACCGCCGGCCACAACACACAUUCACUCACUCCCUACCUCCUCCACCACCACCAUCACCCCACCAGAAAUCAACACUCACACACCUCAUGCACGCAACUGCCACCUCCCACGCAAGUGGGAAGUCCACAUCUCGACUCGGUCCCCAUGCGGCUUCGGCUUCACGGGUGACUUGAGUCCGAGACUAUCCCGACACGUCAAGCGUCGUGGAUAGGAAGGUUGCUGAUGGACGCCCGCUCUCGGCUCACGCAGUUCGUCGCGUUGUGUGUGUGUAUUGUGUGGAGUGGCGGACUGGUGGGCUGGGAACGGGCUGAAACAGCACCUUCCACUGCACUCUCACGCAAGUGAGCGACACACCGUUCAACCCCCGUUGUGUGAAAUCCUGGUGUUUGUGUGUGUAUGGGGGGCCAGGUCGUGCCGUGGCGCGCGCAGUCAUGAUCAGUCGACCAUGACAGCCACCGCGCCCAUUCCCCACUCCAGUCUGCUGACCGACUCGGACAGCGGCUGGGGUGUGGGAAUGGGAAGGGGGAGUGAGGUCGACGACUCAGCGCACUUUCUCCUCACUAUAAACAAUCUGACGCGCUUGAAGCUAUCACGGUGCGCUAAAAGCCGUGGCUUGGAAGGAUGACAACUGACGGGGUAACUUGGACCUCCUCCAUGACCGAAGGCGGUCUGAGAGUCAGGCUGCAAUGGCUCCUUUUUAAUGUGGCCUUUAUGGCACUCCCAUCACAGUGUGGGAUCCGAGCCAGGCGUUGGCGGCACGCCCAGGUGCGGCUUCGGCCGCGCCAGCCUCCAAAUCUCUAUCGCGUUGGUUGAAAUCCUGGUUAUUUGUUGUGUGGACCAGGGGGUGUGGUGGAACGCCAAGGUGAGGACCCGUCCGAGCCAUCCACCUGCGGCCUCCCUCGUCUCCGGUCUUCUUGACUCUGUCUUGACACCGGGCUCGGGCGAGGGAGGAGGAGAGGGUGUAGGUAGAUGUUACGCAAGUCUAUCGGCACUAUGAACCCCUGCGUAAGUCACCGUCCCUGCUCCCAUUGCUGCUGCAACUGUGGGGCACACGGUGGACAUCAUCGAAACCGAUUGUCGAACUGUCAUCAGAUGAUUAGGUCUUAAAAAUUAUAACACAAUUGUCAUAAUGACUGUGGAAUGUUUGCCGUCUAAUUGAAGUGACGUAAACGGGACAGGAGGCAUUGUGAAUUGCUCAGUUUUCCGCCGACAUCACAUGUUUAUAUAUGUAAGUCUUAAAUUUGUCGAAUCAAUGACCUACACCCAAAUAUUAUUUUGUGCUAAAUAAGUUGGAUAUCUGUCAUGGAUGUGAAAUUGUCAUAGCAAGACUCUGGCACCGUGGGCGUCUAACUGACGGUGAAAAUAGACCGCGAUUAGUUCAAAAAUCACCGAGUGCAUCAAGUAGUCACGAAAAUGUUAGACGAAAAUUGAUCAGGUCCGUUAUAAAGCAAGGGCGUAUUACUGUCUGCCGCCCACUUGACACGUCGCUGACGAAUAUGCAGAGAACAUUUACGAAUAUUGCACAGUGACAGAUUAGAUUUAAAUCAACGUUUUCACGAGUUUGCUGAAUCCUUUGACACAGCCAGAGUUCGGCAUUGACAAGUUAAAGCUCAGGGUCAGAAUGUAAGGCCAGGUGUGCUGUGAAUAACCCUCUUAGUCGAGGUGAUGGAUAGACUGAAUGCCCCCGAUGACUGCGAUGUCCAUAUCAAUGCUAAAAUUUUAGAAGGCCGAUAUUCGGAAAUGAAUGCUAACUUUAACCAAAAAAACUCUUUCCAUGACACUAUUUCCCAUACACACGCAAAUUUCGUAGUUUUUUAAAAGACACAUAGUUCCGCACACAAUUCCAUGGUUUAGUUCAAUUUAGUGGUACUUAUCUGAUCCCGAUUAUUUUUACCAAAUGAAGUUGAGUACUUGGAAUCCCCUACCACUGAAUUUGACUCCGUUAUCCAAACUACUUUUGCUUAUGAGCAUCGUAAUUAACAUAAAGUCGUGAAAGUGCUAUUGACAGUUUAUAUGUAAAAAAAGGGUAGUGGAAUAACGCUGAGCUCCUUUCCCUCUUUUGUCUUGAACCUAAAGGUCGCCUUAUUCACUAAAACGCCAUUUUGUAUUCUAUUAGUCCAUUUUGACGAAUCACGACGCCCCUUAUAUACCGCCUGUUUUGGAGUGGUGUGGGUCUGCUGCUGGUCUCGUGUUGAUGUACUUGCCGCUCUUAUUUCGAAAUGUAGCUUCCGCUGAAGCCGCCAUAAGUCAAGUCUGCGGUCGAGCUCUUCAUCGCGCAGGUAACAUGGUUAUGCAUACUUCCAUCUAUUUAGUCAGCUGUCUUGUGCCAUGGCGACUACGAGCGACAGCCUCCGAAAUCACCUGACGAUAUGUUCGUUUUCGUAAUUUAAACCUAAAUGAAAAUGUAGAGUCCGUGUUACCUUCAUCACCAAAGAAAAAGAGCGAAUUGAAAUCAAUGGAAAAGUUGGGGACAAUCUCUUAUACCUCGCUCGGUUUCACAAAAUCGACAUGGAAGGGGCGUGCGAAGCGUCUUUGGCUUGCUCAACGUGUCACGUUUAUGUGAAUGAAAAGUUCUUUAAUCGUUUGCCGCCUGCACUGGACGGAGAGGAAGAUAUGCUUGAUCUUGCUGUUUUCCUCAAACCGAAUUCACGUUUAGGUAUGCUUAUUUUUAUGCUAAGUCGGAUACGUAACCAACUGUGAGCACACGACCUAAUCUUUUUGUCAAAUCCCCGUCAUUUGAGAUUUUAUACUUGGCUAUACCCUCUGUAAAUGGAGGAUUAUCAUCCGUUUGUGAUAGUCCAAAAUUGGGAACUCCAUGAAUAUGCGUUCAAUUGCGCUGUUACCUUGUAUAAAUAAUGACAGAGCAAUCAUAUCCGGCCAGCAAAUAUUUCCACUUUCCUCCUUGCGUAGGUCGUAUAGUUGGACUUCAAGGUUGGCGACGAAAAUUUGCUGGACUGGUGAUAUUUUAACUUGUAAGUCAGUCGGGUUCUGUCGGCCAUCACCCGAACUUGUUAAGUUGCUUUCAAUCUUCACUGCAACGCGACUGGAUCAGUUUAAUGCCAUGAAAGCCAAGCAGUGGUUUGCGGCGACGCUAGAAGCAUGUUCUGAUAGCAAACAGUCGGCUAUACACGACGAUCUCAAAAGUCUUUCAUGAUUGUCGCGUCAAAAACCAAGGUCAAAACAAUCAACAAGGUGGUUGUUUGAAGAUUGGACUGACCUACUCCGGCCGUUUCAGUCACCCAAAACGGACUAAAGCGAUAGUUUUUCAACUAGUUAGUGCGGUUGCGUGUAGCAUGUUUUACUCGCGCUGUUUCGUCCCUUGUGUUCGUGCAAUGACUGAAACGCCAGCCAUGUUACUACUAUCGCUGCGGCCGUGCGUUCGUUGUUCGAGCAUCAAGCAGUUCUCACACAAUGCUUUAUUUGCCUGUCCCAUGUCCGCAAUCGCACGGGGUGGUUGUUAGCGAUGUUAACGGUGACUUAGUAAGCAACAAGCUAGCGGAACUCAGUGUCAACUGAAUGAUUUUAAGGCCGACGUCUGUGCAAGCCUUUUCGCUGUAUUUGCUUUAUCUCGCCAUAAGCUGUGAUCCAAGUCCGAUUUCUAUUCUUGGCGAUAUUUUCUCUCGCACAUCAGCUAAGUUUAACUUUUUCUAUGCGUCAAGCACUAUAUUUUAGCGGGAAGAAUCAUCUAACAAUGUUUAGUAAUAUAUUAUUUCUAGAGUACAGAAUACCUUUUGCCCGCCGCUGUUUCAUGCAAAAGCAUUUCCUUCUCAACUCCCCACUUCUCUUCAUUAUGCAGGUUGUCAAAUAAUUCUUUCCAAAGAGCUGGAUGGUCUGGAAGUCGAACUACCUCCGGCAACACGAAAUUUUUACGUCGAUGGACACAAGCCAGAAGCACAUUAA